AUGGAAACAAGCAAAGCAGAAGGAAAGAGGGUUGCAAAGGUAGCCACAUUGGUUAAGGGAGAGGAAGAUCGGGAAGAUGAAGACGAUAAAAAUAAGAAGAGGGCAUUGACUCUUACCACAAUAAGGGAAUCGAGUGCAGGAGGAUCCGUGCAGCCUUGUUGUCAGGUACAAGACUGUACUGUGGAUAUGGCUGGAGCUAAACCAUACCAUCGCAGGCACAAAGUCUGUGAGUUUCACUUCAAGGCUCCUGCAGUUCUUGUUGCUGGGCUCCAACAACGUUUCUGCCAGCAGUGCAGCAGGUUUCAUGAGGUAUCAGAAUUUGAUGAAUCAAAAAGAAGUUGCCGCGGGCGCUUGGCGAUGCACAAUGAGCGACGCCGCAAAAGCCUAAAUGAUUCUCGUUAA